AUGAAUAAUUUAAAGGAUUAAAAAAAAAUAUAAUUUUAAAAAGAGUUCCUAGGUUCGUAUGAACAAGCAGCCUAAUAUCUGAAAGAUAACCAUUAUAUUAGAAGUGGCUAUAGGGUGAAUUAUAAUUCAUACAAAAAAUCAUUAUAAAGUUGUUUUCAUUGUUAAAGUAACGAAUUUUCAAAUAUAUGGUCACAUGUUAUUGGUGUUAUAAUUGUUAUAAUUAUGAUUUUUUUUUUAUAUAACUAUCAUCAAAAAGAAGCUUAUGUUAAUCAUGUUUAAUAAUAAAUCUAAUUAUUACCUAAAAACUAUAAAAAUUUGGUAAAAGAACUAUAUAACAAAUUUUAUUAAGAAAAUAAGUAAUUAUAUUUUUUAAAAACAAUUAUAAUUUAAUUAAAUAAUAUAUUUAGUUUUUAUAUAUAAUAUUAACUGUAUUAAAACAUUUUAAAUAACGUUUAAGAACUGCAGAAUACACAUUUAUAAAUUUUAGAUUAAUUUUAAAUAUAUAAAUAAAAGUAAUAAAAUAAAUAAGAAAUAUAAACCAAAGUAAAUAUGCAAUAGUUUUAAAAAUUAAUUAUUAUAAUAAUAAUUUCUUUUUUUUAUUAAAAAAAAAAGGAAAAUAUAAUUAAAUUAAAAAAAUAAAAUUAAUAAGUUUCUGUGUUUCCAAUUUUAUUAUUCUUAAUUUCCUCAAUGAUAUGUUUAAGUGGUAGUAUUUUAUUCCACACGUUUAAUUGCAUAAGCAAAAAACAUUGUGAUUUUUUAUUAAGAAUAGAUUAUGGAGGAAUAUGUAUAAUAAUAGGAGGAGGGUCAUAUCCUUGUAUAUAUUACGGGUUUUUUUGUGAAUAAAAUUUAAUGCAUUUUUAUAGCUAUUUUAAUUUAAUUUUGUGUUUUAGUGUAUUUAUUGUCUCUUUGUUUGAUUUUUUACAUUAAGAAAAAUACAGAAAUUUCAAAGGUUUAUUAUAUGGAUCUUUAGGAACAGUAACAUCUGUUCCUCUUAUUCAUUUAAUUAUAAAAUCGAUAUAUGCAAAUAAUUAGAUUAAUGAUUAUCUAUUUUUAGAAAAAAGUGUGCCUUAUUAUUUUGGUACGGCUAUAUUUCUUAUUAUUGGGCUUUGUACUUAUUUAGCUAGAUGUCCUGAAAGAUUCAAACCUGGAAAAUUUGAUUAAGUGUGUAAUUCUCAUAAUUUAUGGCAUAUUUGUGUUAUUAUUGGAGUUGUUUUUUGUUAUUUCGCUGGAAUAGAAAAUUAUUUUUAAAGAGUAUAAACUUAAUGUUUUAUAUGA